AUGGCCUCUUUACAAGCUUCAAGCUUUCUUUUCUCUUCUUCUUGUUUUUGUAGUUGUUCAACAAGAAUCAAUGCUGCUGUUUCGGUACCUAAGCUUCCAAGAUUUCGUCUCCCAGUUCCAAGAACCCCAUUAAGAUUUGUUGAGGAACUGAAUUUAAAAGAUGGGCUCACAAGUACAGUCCCAUUAUUAGAAAACACAAGGCCAGAUCAGUGUGCGCCAAUCGAGUCUAAAACUACUGCAGCAGCAGCCAAGCUUUACGCAAUCUUAGAAGCUGUUUCUGAUAGAGUAGAGAUGCACAAAAACAUUGGGGAGCAACGUGACAAUUGGAACAAACUUCUUUUGAAUUCAAUUAACAUGAUCACUCUAACAGCAGCAACAAUGGCUGGUGUUGCAUCAGCUGGUACAGUUGGAGCACCUCUUUUGGCUUUGACGUUAUCUUCUACUCUUUUAUUUUCUGCAGCUACUGGAAUGUUAUUGAUCAUGAACAAAAUCCAGCCUUCACAGCUUGCAGAAGAGCAAAGAAAUGCCACAAGAUUGUUCAAGCAACUUUAUAGCCAAAUACGAACAACACUUGCUCUUCGCGAUCCUACCGCGUUAGAUGUGAAGGAUGCAAUGGAGAAGACAUUGGCUCUUGAUAAAGCUUACCCUCUUCCUUUGUUAGGAAAAAUGAUUGAAAAGUUUCCUGAAAAUUUUGAGCCUGCAGUUUGGUGGCCUAAAACACAAGGAUCCCCAAGAAAGUACCUCAAAACACAAGGAAAGAAUGGGUGCAGUGGAGAUCUUGAAGAGGAGAUGAGGGAAGUGACUGAAGUGAUAAAGAGAAAAGAUAGUGAAGAUUACAUGAGACUAGGCAACUUGGCAUUGAAGGUUAACAAGAUCUUAGCCAUCUCUGGUCCAUUACUCACUGGCAUUGCAGCUGCGGGGUCUGCCUUUGUAGGCCAUGGAUCUUGGGCAGCAAUUGUGGCUGUCACAGCUGGUGCAUUAGCUAGCACAGUCAAUACAUUUGAGCACGGUGGCCAAAUCGGUAUGGUAGUUGAAAUGUACAGAAACUGUGCAGGAUUCUUUACACUUAUGGAAGAAUCAAUUGAAACCAGCAUUCAACAAAGAGAUUUCGAGAAAAGUGAAGACGGAGAAAUGUUCGAAAUGAAUGUUGCAUUGAAGCUUGGAAGAAGCUUGUCACAACUAAGAGAUCUUGCCAGAAAAUCCUCUUCUUCUCAUGGAGAUGGAAGCACCAUAGAUGAGUUUGCUAGCAAACUUUUUUGAUAGUAUUAGACCUCCCUGUCCAUAACUAAU